CUUUUACUAAAUUACAUAUUUUGUAAUUAUUUUAAGUAGACUGAUUUUUGUGCAAAGCCUGCAGCUGACCAUGUGGGUCCUUGGGAAGAUAAGGGAGAGCAUGGAGAGCAUUCCUCUGGAGCUGGAUCAUUACAUUGGAAGGAGGGAUGAGGAUGCUUUUUUCUGCUCAAAGGUCAGCGUCUCUCAGAAUCUUCACAAUAACAUCAUCACUCCAGAUAACAUCCCUGAGUUCUGUCUGCCUCCGAGGCUUUGCAAAAGACACCCAAUGCUGGAGCCUGAAAUGACCCCUCUGUCUCUGGACAACCAGAAGCUGACACCAAAGAGCUUGACUUCUUCAAAUACUAUCCAAACUAAAAAGAAGAUGAGGGAAAACAAUGAAGAUCUUCAGGAUGCUCCAAGAAAACCUUUACCGUUCUCUGCAGAGUGUUAUGGUCUGGCAGGGGUGUAUGAGAGCCCCAACACUAGAAGGAAAGAAUCUUUGUUUCAUUCAAAACGGCCCAUGUACACGUUCGAAAGAAGAAUCCCUACAUCAAAGCCCAGACAGGUGAAGGAAAUGACCUCACUAAAGAAAACUCUGUCAGAGUUUCUUCCAAUGCUUGCAUCCAAAAGCUUCUCGGAAGCAGCAGAAGCUGGAGCUCCUUCCAUUAUCACAACACCCAGAAAUGUCCCAUCCAGAAGCUGCCGUCUUAAAGAAACAGUGUCCUGCCCUUCGUUGAUUGAUAGCAUAGAGAAAAGCAAGAAGCCAAAGAAAUUAGGACCAAGCAUAUCGACUUCUUCCUCCAGCAAAUCAUCUUUGAAGAAAAACCCACCGGGCCUGCACCCACCUGUCCUCCAUCCCCUGGACUUCCUCCACUGCCAGAAGAGACUUCAGCAUGAACACAUCCUUCCUUUGCAGAGCAGAGGCAGAGUUCGCCUCUCCACUGAGCACACUACAUUCUCUAACGGUACAUGCUCAAUCUCUUCCACUAUUAGAGUGCGUAUAAUUUCUGUAGAAGGCCUGCUGGAUCCAAAUGAGCAACAAACCCUGAACUGCGCUGUGAAUCUCUGCCUAACACCAGGAAGGCUGCAGCAGCAGGAGAGUGCUACCAUCAGGAACUGCCGCUGUCCUGUGUUCAAUGAAGAUUUCUACUUCACAGAGCUGAGCCAAAAGGAUCUGCUGGAGCUGCAGCUCAGGUUAAAAGUGCUGGAUAAAGCUGCAGCAGGAGCAUUGAAGAGGGGAACUUUGAUCGGGGUGAUCUGUAAACCACUAUCCCACCUAUUAUGGUGUGGAGAACAGAUGUAAGAGCAGAUCUGGAUCAGCUAUGUCCUGCAAAAAAUAUAACAUCUUUAAUUUGUUUUUGCUUUGUUUUGGUGUUGAUACUGCAUUGCAUUUUUUCACUGCUUUCAUCACCUUAAGAUAUUUUAGUCACUCUCAAUUAUAGCUUCUGAAAAAACAACAUUAGUCAAAUGCACAGAAAUGCUAAAGCACUAGAUUUUUUCACAAAAAUGUAAGACUCACUGAGGAAAUGUCCUCACAAAUCUAGAAUAGUUGCAGUACUUAGGAGUGGCCACCUAGUGGUUAAGGCAUAGAGCUUAAAAUCCUGAGGUUCUGAGUUCCAAACCCACUCCCACAGACUGCCACUAUGGGUCUCUGAGCAAGAU